AUGAGUUCUGGAAAGCCAAAACGAUUCGUGCCGCCUCCGCCCAAGAAGAAGAAGCCGGCCAAGGAAUCUGCCCUUGAAUCCGCCGAUGAUUUUCAGGACGCAGCAGACUACGAAGAAGCCGCCGGUGGAAAGCACAGAGCCGGCGAUCCUGUGAAGUCUGGUCGAGCAUUUUUCCGAGCCCUCGAAGUCUACGACAAAGGUCUGGCGAGGCAUCCAGAGAGCUUCGACCUCGCCUACAACAAAGCAAGACUGCAAUUGGAACUAUCGCAACAUGAAAACGUGCUCGAGCAUAUCGGUAUUCCGCUCUUAGAGUGGCUAAAGCUCACUCUCGAAUCUCAUCGCUACGCCCUCAGACUGACCGAGGAGAAUCCCGAUGUUCUCUUCAACACUGCCCAAGUUCUCACGAGCUUGGCAGAACAGCUUCGAGAGGACGAUGCAGAGCCAGAGGCAGCACAAGCCCUUGAAGAGGCCUUGGAACUGCUCUCAUCUUGUUUGUCAAGGCAAGAAAUGAUGUUCGAGCAGCAUCGACUCGAUUUCCCGGACACUGAAGAUGGCGGCGUAGCACUGGAUGAGUCGGUGUCUGAGACGCCGCUCGCUCCCGCCGAAGACACAGAUAUGGACGAGCAGUCGGCCAUCGUUGAAACACCGGUGGGUCCAAGCGAUCUCCUUGACACUGUACAUGCCAGUCUCUUUGCACUCUACACUCUCGUACCCCUUGCGGAUGAGGCCGCGCUGCAAAAUCUUGGCGAGAUGGCUCGUCAAUUUACUGAGUCGAAAGCACCUGGCUACCUCAGACUACUUCCAGAGGAAGAGCAGCAAAAGGCCCAUUUCUCUGUCGCUGUCAGUCGGGCAAGAUUCAUCGCUGCAUAUGCGGGUGCACAAUUCGAGCACCACAUGAUUGAGCUCGAGACAUACGUUGAGCGAAUAGAGUCUUUCAACUUUCCAGGCAAGGAGCAAGAUCUUGAUGCUUUAGUGGCCGAGGCAGCGGCCCGCAAUGAAUUAGUUCUGUCAGUCAUCGAUCGAUUUGGAGAGGCCUCAAAUUUGCCCGCUGCACUUUGCUGGAAACAGCUCACCUCAUGCCAAGAUCUCCUCUCGAAAGCUGCGAAGCUCAACAAUGAAGAAGCGCGGAAAGGCAAAGCAGAGAUUUACCACUCAAAGGGCGACACUGAGCUCCUUCGGUAUCGCAUCAUUCUUAUACCGAACACAGAUCUUGCGGACGGAAUUAGAAGCGGUGCUCCGACGCUCAUACUAAAUGCGAAAACGUUCUACAAAGGCGCUGUUGGCAACGCGAAAGCUCUCGGAGAUGAUGUUGAGGAGGGAGAGGCGCGGAAGAGGUGGAGUGUUGCCAAAGCAAUCGCCGCUCUGAUUUAUGAUUGCCAGGCGCUUGACGAACCGGUUGAGGGCAAUCUGAUGGAAGGAUUGGAGGAGUGCGUUGAACAAGGUCUCAUCAGCGAGCAUCUGGCAGAAGCUAUCGUGAACGGCAAGAAUGCAUCUCGAAGCUGA